AUGCCAAUAGAUCCAAGCGGUCCAACAGUCGUCGCUACUGAAUGGGCCCUCAUUUCUGUCGCGACCGUGGUAAUUCUAGCACGGCUGUAUCUCAGACUCAUUCUACAACGACGAAGCCUACUCGCAAGUGAUGUGCUCAUGUGCGCUGCAUGGGCUUCGGCCGUCGCUUUAGCAAGCUUCGAUAUCUACUUCUUACGUAUAGGUAUCUUCAAGCCUGGCACGACGUUCGAUCUGGCCGGGUUUGAAGGAACUGCGCAAGAGGCCGAGAACUUCUACAAGCUCUACUAUUUUUCAACCUAUCCCUUCUACACCACUUUGUACUUGUCCAAGGCAGCUCUGCUGGCAGUAUACUUACAGAUCUUCCCAAGCUUUAUGGUUAAGCGGCGUCGAUUCCUCUGGGCUGUUAUCGUUUAUGUUGCGAUAGGUUUCAUUGUUACAAUAUUGUUACUCAGUCUUUCUUGUUUACCAGUAUGGAGAAACUGGGCCUUAUCGGACCAAAGAUGCACCGUGGAGAGCAUCAAAAUCAACUUUGAGAUCUCCUGGGUCCUGAACAUCAGUGCAGAUAUCCUCAUUUUCAUUCUACCCUGGCUCGUCAUCCCCGAGCUAACACUAAGGAGAAGAUUGAGAUAUAGUCUAUACGCAACAUUUCUUCUUGGUCUCAUCAAUAUCAUCUUCUGUGUAGUCCGUUUUGCUCAGAUCCAACAAUAUGGUGGGGAUUUGGUAAUCACAAUCAGUCUUGUCGGUAAGUAUUCGAAAUGGAACCUCGUCCCAGCGAAAGAAGAGUACUGA